AUGCCGGAGUCGCAGAGUCCCACAAACGCUGCCGACCGGCCCCGCCUCACCGAAGCUCAAAAGAAGGAGAACCACAUCCGCUCUGAGCAGAAGCGACGCGAAGCCAUAAGAGAAGGCUUCGACCGACUUGCCUCAAUAGUACCCGGUCUAGAGGGGCAAGGGCGAAGCGAGGCAGUCGUGCUGGGAGGCGCAAUCAAGCUUAUGCGCGAGAAGAUUGUGGAGCGACAACAAAUCAUCGCCGACGCCAAGGCAAAGGGGAUUGAUACAACAGGGUGGGAGUUGGACAAGGAGACUAUGGAGGCGUGCGCUAGACAAAUGGAGAGAACGCUGGCCGAGGACAGGCAGGCUGCCAAUGAAGAGGAGAACGGUAAUGCGAGUGAGGUGAAGAAGGAGUAG